AACCCCAAUUCGUCGAGCAGCAGCGGUAGCGAUGGCAGCGCGACGAUCGAUCCUCUCAUCACACGGCCUUAGCAAUUGCGCUGCCCUGGAGCAUCGGCGAUCGUCUCCAUCGAGAGCGUGAAAAUCACUCGCACUGCCCGCCAAUGCCGGUAUGGCGGGCUAUGGCGAAUGCCAAAACCCCAGCUACGCUCCCCCUCCCUCGCGGGAGAUCGCCCGGGCGCUACGGCGUAUCCCACCGGAGAUAUACAGCGAUCGCCCGCUAAGCAUAUUCUCCCAGAAUUAGGGUUCUUUGUUUUCUUUGGCGAAACUAUGGGCGAGAGCUUCUCCGGCGCGGGGGAGUUGGAGACGGCGCUCUACACAUUGGAGGAUGUGUUGCAGCACUCCACCAGGGACGAUUGCUGGAUCGUUGUCGAUGGCAAGGUCUACGAUGUGACGAAGUUCCUGCUGGAUCAUCCCGGCGGAGAUGAGGUGAUUAUCGCAUCGACAGGCAAGGAUGCCACGGAUGAUUUCGAGAACGUCGGCCACAGCAACAGCGCGCGAGCGAUGAUGAAGGAAUACGUGAUCGGGAGAGCGAACGCGUCCACAUUUCCCAGCAAGCCAUCGUACUCCUACUCGGGAUCUUCGACUCAAGCGGCCCCAUCGGUGCCGGAUCGUAGCGAUCUCCUCAUCAAGGUGCUCCAAUUCGUCGUCCCUUUCUUCAUCCUGUGCUUCGCUCUAGCCCUUCGCUACCUCGCCAAGGAGGAAAGAGCCCCCAAAGUAGAAUAGUGGUGAUGGAACUCUCUCGGGUGGAGCUCCUACGCUCCACCCGUCGAUUGAAAGCCCUCAUCCUCCUCUAAAGCAGCGGUACUCCUCUUUCUUCUCCUGGAUUUUCUUCCCCAGCUUGUGAUGACUUUGUUCGCUUUACCACCUCUUUCUCGCUAUGAGAUUUACUGAGCUCUUGUAGCA